CUUUCCUUAACACAGUUCCACUCUCACUCCCUAUAUUCCUUCACAAGCACACACCUUUUUGAUUUUCAGUGGGAACUAAAAAGAACCCACAAAGCAAGCACAUUGUUUUACUCUGUUGCUUAUACUCCGCUUUACUUUUUUUGCACAAGACCCAGGUAGAAGCUAGGGUUUUUGGUGUAGUGUAGAGCUUGAAUCUUGCAUAUCUUGGCUCAUUCUUUUGGUUUGUUUUGAUAAAAGAAGUAAUGGGUAAGAAUGUGGUGCUUCUGGGUUUUGCACUUUUGCUUCUUCUUGGAGGUGUAUCUUCAGCUCCUAGUGCUACUUCACCUGCAAAGAUUGUUAAUGGGUUUGUCUCCAAUGCUCUGUCUGCUUUUAUGAAAUGGAUGUGGUCACUCAAAACAACCACUAAAACAGCCGUUUCUGGCCGUUCCAUGAUGAAGUUUGAGGGUGGGUAUACCGUGGAGACGGUGUUUGAUGGAAGCAAGUUGGGGAUUGACCCAUACUCAGUCGAGGUGCUGCCUAAUGGGGAGUUGCUGAUUUUGGACUCUGCCAAUAGCAACAUUUACAGGAUAUCUGCUUCUUUAUCUCUGUUUAGCCGACCAAAGCUUGUUGCUGGAUCCCCUGAAGGAUAUUCUGGACAUGUAGAUGGGAAGCCAAGAGAGGCAAGGAUGAACCACCCUAAAGGGCUAGCAGUAGAUGACCGAGGAAAUAUCUACAUAGCAGACGCAAUGAAUAUGGCAAUCAGGAAGAUAAGUGAUGCAGGUGUUACAACUAUUGCUGGUGGGAAAUGGAGCCGGGGAGGGGGGCAUGUUGAUGGACCAAGUGAAGAUGCAAAGUUUUCUGAUGAUUUUGAUGUGGUUUACAUUGGAAGUAGUUGCUCCCUACUUAUCAUAGACAGAGGAAACCAAGCUAUCAGAGAGAUUCAACUCCAUUUUGAUGACUGUGCUUAUCAAUAUGAAAGUGGUUUUCCCCUUGGAAUUGCAGUGCUGAUUGCUGCUGGAUUCUUUGGCUACAUGCUUGCUUUGCUGCAACGAAGAUUGGGCACCAUUGUUUCUUCCCAAAAUGAUCAGAGCACAGUGAACAUGAGCACCAUGUCAAGUCCAUAUCAGAAGCCCCUGAAAUCAGUCAGGCCACCUUUGAUCCCAACUGAAGAUGAACAGGAAAAUCAAGAAGAAGGCUUCUUUGGAUCCCUUGGGAAGCUUUUUGUCAAUGCUGGGGUGUCUGCAAUGGAAAUUCUGGGGGGAAUAUUCCCUCGUUUUAGGAAGAAGCAACUAAGGUAUCACCAGCAACAACAGAUGCCCUCAACAACCUGGCCUGUGCAAGAGAGCUUUGUCAUACCAGAUGAAGACGAGCCCCCUCCAAUUGACAUCAGAACCCCAACCCCAAGGAAAACUUAUGCUUUCAUGUCCAAGGAUGCAGAAAAGAUUCAUCUACUGCGUCAGGGUGUGGGCUUCUAUGGUGGGUGGGAUGCUAAUGUCCAGCAACAGCAUCAUCAGCAUCGGUAUCUAUCAGCCACCCCACACACACACACUUACCAUGAGCAAAGCUAUGAGAAAACCAAUGAGACUGUCUUCGGAGCAGUUCAAGAGCAGAAUGGAAAACAACAAGCAGUCGUUAAGCCUGUCAAUUAUGAAGACCCCAUUUACAAUCAUCAAAACAUCCGCUUUCGACGCAGUCUGGGUUACAACAAUGGCUAUUGAUCAUACGGAAAAGUGAUUUUGAAGGUAUAAAUCAAUUCCUUCUUGAAAUUAGCCCUUAAAAGUUUAGGGGUAUAAGUGUUAAUAUUUGGAGGCGGCUCUGGUGUAAGGCAAAAGUCAGUUUUACAUAGAUCUGUCCAAGACAUUGUAGGGCAGCUGGUAUUAUAUAUAAAUGGAAUCCUCUUUU